AUGGGCGAAAGCUGGUUCCGUCGCGAGUUCCUCGCUCCCCGAAGGCUCAUAUUCAACGUCCUGUUCUUUGGCCUCCAGGUCUCCUUCUUCUCAUAUGGAUGGUGGGCGCAGGCAACGAAUAACAAACUAGCUGCUCUCAAUGCCCUGCAAUGGUCUGUCUGGGUAUCUCGCGGUGCUGGUCUCGUCUUGGCCUUCCUCGCCGCCUGUCUGCUUCUUCCCAUGCUGCGUAACUGCAUCCGAGUCAUCCGUCCUAAAGUCGCCUUCCUCUUCCCUGCCGAUGAAAACAUUUGGUUCCAUCGCCAAGCAGCAUACUGUCUCGCUUUCUGGUCCAUGGUUCACACCACCGCUCAUUAUGUGAACUUCAUCAAUGUCGAGCGAACCCAGGUCCGCCAGGAGUAUGCUUUACAAAUCCAUUACACGCAGGCCGGUGGUAUCACGGGGCACUUCAUGCUGCUCUGCAUGGUUCUCAUGUACACCACCGCUCAUCACAAGGUCCGCCAGCAGUGUUUCGAAGCAUUCUGGUACACGCAUCACCUGGCCUUCUUCUUCUUCAUCGCUCUCUGGACCCAUGCCGAUGGUUGCUUCGUCCGGGAUAGCACAAAUGCAGCGUACAUCGAUACGUUUCCCUUCUAUAACGCAGAGUUCUGCCUCGGUUAUGAGAGUUGGCGUUUCACUAUUUGGCCGGGAAUCAUUUAUUUCGGAGAGCGCGUUUGGAGGGAGGUCAGGGCGAGGCGUGCUACCAGACUGUCUAAGGUCCUCGUUCAUCCUAGUGGGGCGAUGGAACUCAGAAUUGUCAAGCCGAGCUUCAAGUAUGUCGCGGGACAGUGGCUCUUCAUUCAGGUCCCAGAGGUCUCCAAGUUUCAAUGGCAUCCGUUCACGAUCACUUCGGCCCCCGAGGAUCCUUACGUCUCCGUUCAUAUCAGGCAGGUCGGUGACUUCACGCAGGCACUUGGUGACCGCGUGGGUGCGGGGCCGUCUGUUGUCGCUGCUAUGACGAAGGCUGCCAUGAUAGGCUCUGAGAAGGAUGAUUCCGUCUAUGGGACGCGUGGCGACUUCGUGGAACUUGAUUCAGGUGCUCGUCCUCUGCCAACAGUGCGGAUCGACGGACCGUACGGCGCCCCGGCCGAAGACGUGUUCAACGUCGAAGUAGCUGUUCUGGUCGGUGCCGGUAUUGGUGUUACACCGUUUGCGUCUAUCUUGAAGCAUAUAUGGUACCGUCAGAAGAAGGGCAAUCUUCAAUCUUUGAAGCGGGUCGAGUUCUUUUGGGUCUGCCGUGAUGCGCCGUCCUUCGGCUGGUUCCAGACCCUCCUGCAGGAGGUCGAGGAGGCCCAAGUUGAUCCCAACUUCUUGCGCAUCAACAUCUAUCUUACCCAGAAGAUCGGCGAGGAUAUGCUAUGGAACAUCGCCCUUAACGACGCAGGCGCUGAGUAUGACCCCCUCACUCUGCUUCGCACUCGUACGAUGUUCGGUCGUCCGGACUGGAAGAAUAUCUACGCCCGCAUGAAGCAGGCUAUCGAAAUGGGUCAGUACCUCCCUGGUACUAAGGAGCAACUCAAGACGAAAGUUGGCACGUACUUCUGCGGACCUGGCGUCAUGGCAAAGGCCAUCAAAGAGGCCUGCGUGGCUUCGACAACUCCCAACAUCAACUUCACUUUCGCUAAGGAGCACUUUUGA